GUUAUCUGGAUAUGUUCUAUGAUUCGAGAAGUGUGGAUAUUUGUGAAAGAAAGAAGAAAACAAACAAAGAAAGAAGAGACGAUUGUCAUGCGAAAACGGGGACAACGACGAACACCGGUCAACCAUAACCGGUUCGGCCGAUUAUUGACGUUGAAAAACCGUGGCGCGAUCUGAUUAGCGUAAACAUCGACCUAACCUAACCUAAUUCACAGAGCGCCAAGGGCGGAAAAAGUUUCUCCAAGCGGCGUGAAAAAUGUGAUUUCUCACGUCUCGCAACCCGCGGCGAGUCUCGCAUUCAUGCGAGGACUAUAGAAGAAGGAAGCGGACGAGAGAUGGAGAAUUACUCCGUACGUAUCAAUCCACAGGCCGCCCGUGGAGAUGUUGCCGACGAGUCGCCUGCAUUUCACGACACCCAACCGAAGCAGCAUGCUGAUCACGUCAGAAAACGAGAGGAUGUGAUCGUUCUGACGAGCGACACGAAAGGCGGUUUGUUCAAUUCCAGAGCUCUCCUCUUUCUCACCCUAUGGUAUGUCUUCAGUGGAUGUACACUAUUUCUAAAUAAAUAUAUACUGUCCUACAUGGAGGGUGAUCCCACGAUAUUGGGUGCUUGUCAAAUGUUAAUGACUGCAAUUUGUGGAUUGAUACAAAUGUACUUUCCCUGUGGUAUGUAUAAAGCCAGUCCAAGAUUGAUGAGACCUCCAGGAUUUUACAAGCACAUGACACUUGUAGGCUGCACAAGGUUCGCCACGGUAGUGUUAGGUCUAGUAUCAUUAAAUUAUGUAGCUGUAAGUUUCACAGAAACCAUAAAAAGUAGCGCACCUCUUUUCACCGUCCUCAUCAGCAGGUAUUUAUUAGGGGAACAUACAGGAUUAUAUGUAAAUCUAUCUUUAAUACCUGUAAUGGGUGGAUUGGCACUGUGUUCCAUCAAUGAAAUUAGUUUCGAUCUUAGAGGGUUCAUCGCCGCUAUGGCCACAAAUGUAACAGAAUGUUUACAAAAUGUUUACUCGAAAAUGUUGAUCAGCGGUGACAAUUUUAAAUAUACGCCAGCAGAAUUACAAUUUUAUACCAGUCUAGCGUCAAUUGUGGUACAAAUACCGGUAUCGAUACUGUUAGUCGAUUUACCUACUCUGGAGCAUUCCUUGAGUUUUAAAUUAUUCGCGGCAUUCCUUCUUAACGGAGUAUUCUUCCAUUUCCAAAGUAUUACCGCUUAUGUACUUAUGGACUAUAUCAGUCCCGUGACACACAGUGUUGCUAAUACUGCAAAGAGAGCUUUCCUAAUAUGGCUCUCUGUUCUAUUAUUUAACAAUCCUGUGACGGGAUUAUCGGCCCUUGGUACUUCCUCAGUUAUAGUAGGAGUAUUGCUGUACAAUCGGGCGCAGGAAUACGACAGGAUGAAUAGAACAAAGAGAAUACGAUAUUCGUCGAAGAUCAAUUUGCAAUAGAACAAUUUUCCAGUCUACAAAGAUUUUAUGUGUAUGGGAAGAGAAAUAUGUCACCGCACUAAAUGUAUUGCAUUAGAGUACAAACGAUACCCAUUUUCUUAUACAGCAGUAUUCUGUUCAGUGGAAAUGCAAAGAUAGUACGUAUUUAAUAAGAUUAAGACGAAGGACAAUCAAUAAAAAUUAUUGUUUUU